AUGCUGGGUCUGUGGUGCGUGGGUGCCCGACUGGGCAUUCUCACUCUGGUGCUGUGCUGCACACUGGCUCCCUUACCUGCACACGCAUACAUCUAUGCUGUGAGUUCUCGUGAUUGUAGAACUGUGUGAUCAAGUUUGUUAUGGAUUUACACGUGAUCUUAGAUAUUUGCCAUUGCAUUUGUCAUAAAAAACUGCAGUUUACAGUCCCUGUGCGCUGGCAUUGAUUUUAACGUUUGUGUCUUUUUGUCUGGUAGCAUUACAGCAAUAUGACCAACAUGUUGUUUGAGGACCUGUCUGCCUUGUUUGGAUCAUCACUACCCAAAGAGGGACUUAUGGUGAGAGGAGGGGGAUGGAAAAGUGCAUACAGGAGCAACAUGCCCUUUCAUCCCAUGCAUAAAUCAGCUAAAAUUACCUCCUUUUCUUUCUCUUUGUCUUCAAGGGUGUGUUAGUAGAGUCCCGUCCACUCAACGGCUGCACUCCGAUAAAACCUCCACCAUCACGGCCCACAUCUAGUGAUCCCAACACUACCACUACUAAGUACAUAGUCCUCAUCCGACGCUAUGACUGCAAUUUUGAUAUCAAGGUUAGUGUGUGUCGCUAUGCUGUUGGGUUGCUUAGGAUAUAUGGUGUUAUUCAAUUUGAAUUCAACCUAUUUAUUUAUUGCAACAUAUUCAGUUUAAAAUCACACCGCGCAUAGUGUUUACAAUUAUUUCAGUGUGAAUUAUGAUUUUGUAUUUAAUGCAGGUGCUGCAUGCACAGCAAGCUGGAUUCAGUGCAGCCAUCGUUCACAACAUGUACUCAGAGACUCUACUCAACAUGAACUACAGCAAUGGUGAGGUUCCUGAAAUCGUUUUCACCUUCUCUAAGCUGCCUUUUUCCAUUUCUUACAGAAUCAGUUCCGUUAGUUUAAUUCCCCUUAACCAGGUUGACUGAUUUGUGUUCUCACUCCUCAAAACCUCAAGUAGUCUUUAACUAGUAUGAUCCUCCCAGGAAGUAAAUACUUUGGUAAUGCUGAGUGGCAGUGUUCCCCUUUUUGUUUGUUUGUGUGUGUAGAAACCAUUGCAGAGGAGAUUGAGAUCCCCUCAGUAUUCACCAGCUACUACGCCUCGCAAAUUCUCAGGACCUUCAUCAUUCCUGAACAAGGGUGAUUUCCAUUGAUGUUCUAUUAUUUUUGUCAAGAUCAACUUCCAUGACAACCUGUUAAUUAGUGACAUCACAGAGGUUCCUUCUAGCGCUAUUCACAAUGUUAAAUGGGGGUACGACUUAACUAUCUGCUGUGAGUUAUGGUUGCUAAUGUAACCAUUCAACAUGGGCUUGUAUUGGCUCUUUGGUAAUGGUCUUGCACCGUAAUGAAGACGGGACCUUUAUUGAUUAGAGUUACACUGAGAUUCAGUCAUAUUCUUCACAACAUCUUUGCACUCAUCAUGAUGUCAGCCCUGCUGAGUGUCUGGUCCUAUGUGGAUGUCAUCACCAUGUUGGAGAUUGUGUUGAGUCUGGCAGUGCUGUCCCUUUUAGUCAUGGAGAUUUAUGAUCCGGAGGUGGACGCUUUUCUGAACAAUGCCCCCAUACAAAAGCUGAUGGUGCUGUAUUUGGUAUGCAGGGCCUAUGUGAUCCUCAAGCCGGAAUUUGCCUUCCCACUCUCGUACUAUCUCAUCCCCUUCACCGGAGUGGUGGGCAUGAUCAUCCUUGUGAUGGUUGUCUUCCUGGUAAGUGCCCUUGGGGAACAGCCUCAUUUUGUUAUGAAUGUGGAAUUAAUUUCACAAUUGAAUAGUUAUUGAUUUCAUAGCUACAUCAUAAAUCAUUUUUUCCACCCAGAUAUUGAAAGCCCUAUGACUGUCAUCCUUAGGUGUUGGUGUGGCACUGGCUAUGUUCGAAAUCUGUCUUGCCUUCUACUUACUAAAACUGCAUACUGUGUUCUAAUCGUAUGACAUACUAUUUAGAAUGUAUUGUUUAGUUAAAUCGAAUUCAGUAAGCUACAAAUAUCAACAUACUAGGCUCAUCCAUACUGAGAAUGCGUCAUCUAAUGUGCAAUUGCGUUUAUUCCCACCAUUUGUUCAUUUUUGUACAGGGCUUGAAUCUAUCUGAUAAUUAGUUGUUGUCAAACACACGUGGGUCUUGAAAAAGUAUUAUCUUCCUCAAUAGUGUGCAGCGAAUUCUACUAGAUGAUAAGCCAAAAUGUAGAAUGACAUCCUGGCAUUUAAAGCAUACUCAAUUUUCACAUACUAUAAAACGUUCAAUGUUCGCAUACCCAAAUUGCCUACUAUUUAGAACUUAAGUAUGGGUAUCUGGACACAGCCUCUGUGUCUCUUCAUUCCCUGCCUUGUCUUGGUUUAGAUUGUGCGUUGUGUGCAGUACAGGAAAAGGAUGAGGAAAAAUAAGCUGACCAAGGAACAACUAAAGAGGAUCCCCAUUCACAAGUUCACUAAAGGUAACGAGAGGGAGUGUCCCACCACACAUUCAAAUGAGAAUCAGUCACCAGUAUAACUGGUCAAACACAUUCUGGAACAGCAGUACUCUAUUUCUUCUCUAGAAUGUUGAGAAACCUGAAUAACAAAAAGAACAAUCUGAUUGUCUGCUCCUGUUAUCAUUACAUUACAGUUAGCAUUACAAUGCAUUUACACAUACAGUGGGGAGAACAAGUAUUUGAUACACUGCCGAUUUUGCAGGUUUUCCUACUUACAAAGCAUGUAGAGGUCUGUAAUUUGUAUCAUAGGUACACUUCAACUGUGAGAGACGGAAUCUAAAACAAAAAUCCAGAAAAUCACAUUGUAUGAUUUUUAAGUAAUACAUUUGCAUUUUAUUGCAUGACAUAAGUAUUUGAUCACCUACCAACCAGUAAGAAUUCCGGCUCUCACAUACCUAUUAGUGUUUCUUUAAGAAGCCCUCCUGUUCUCCACUCAUUACCUGUAUUAACUGCACCUGUUUGAACUCGUUACCUGUAUAAAAGACACCUGUCCACACACUCAAUCAAACAGACUCCAACCUCUCCACAAUGGCCAAGACCAGAGAGCUGUGUAAGGACAUCAGGGAUAAAAUUGUAGACCUGCACAAGGCUGUGAUGGGCUACAGGACUAUAGGCAAGCAGCUUGGUGAGAAGGCAACAACUGUUGGCACAAUUAUUAGAAAAUGAAAGAAGUUCAAGAUGACGGUCAAUCACCCUCGGUCUGGGGCUCCAUGCAAGAUCUCACCUCAUGCUUUGUAAGGAGGAAAACCUGCAAAAUCGGCAGUGUAUCAAAUACUUGUUCUCCCCACUGUACAUGUGAAUCUUAUUAUUUUUCUAGGUGAUGAAUAUGAUGUUUGUGCUAUUUGUCUGGAUGAGUAUGAAGAGGGAGACAAACUGCGAGUUUUGCCUUGCUCACACGGUAAUUAUAAGUUAUAAUGUUUGUCACUGUAACUCGCAUAUGUUUUUCUCACAGUUCCAAGGUCAUAUGGUUGCAGUAACUGUUUUAUUUCUGUCAUCUCUUCAGCGUACCACAGCAAGUGUGUGGAUCCCUGGCUUACAGGGACUAAGAAAACUUGCCCUGUGUGCAAACAACGUGUAACCCGGCCCAAUCCGGAGUACUCUGAGUCCGAGUCUGAGGAUGAGAGGGCAAGUGGUCGAGACGAAGAGGGGGGGGAGGGCGAAGCUGACACCGAGCGCACCCCUCUGCUCCGCCCCUCCAACCCAGGCUUCCCCUCUGGCAAUCCAGGGGCCUAUUCUGCCACUGUCACUACAGUAACCACCGCCCAGUGCCUAGGCUCUCCCACUCACUAUGACUCGCCCAUCCUGGAAUAUGAGGGCUACUACUCCCCUCAGGAGGAGUCAGACUCUGAUACUGAGGAGGGAGGGGUGGACUCCCACCCCUCAGACGAUGACACUGCCCAGCUCAUUGGUAGGGGCACAGUGGGGGUCUGA